AACUUAACUUUCUUCGCCGAGAAGUUGGUUGUUUAUUUUUGACGGUUUUGCGGUAAUGUUGCAAUAAGUAAAUAUUAAUUUAAAUAAGCCUUCUGGUCUAAAUAUUUAAGCAAGAAAAAUAAUAUGAAAAUCGUUUUUGUGAUAUGUGUCGUAGUGUGUCUUAGUGAGAUUUUAUGUCAAAAUCUUAAUCCAGAUUUUCAAAGUGAUACUAGUAAUAGUGGAGAUGAAUUUAAUUUAUAUGACCAUGGCCGUUUGUUGGACAAAAUUGAUGAUAAUAAAAGGGUGGAAGCCAAUGACAGAAGUUUUCCUUCAGUCAUAGAUAUAAACAAAAAUGACCAAGAAGAAUUAAGAAAGCAAUCUCUAAAAGAGUUUCUUGAAUCUUUUGCAAAGAAAUACAAUGCCAAAAAAAAUACAAACGAAAGACCCGGUGAAAAUAAUUUAGCUCAAAAUCUAGAGGAACCAAGUCAAAGCUAUACCGAACAUGCGAAUAUUCGAGACAAAUCUAUAAAUAAUUGGUCCUUAUUGGGUGUUAACAGACACAAAAAUCCUUAUGAUGAUAAAAUGGGGUGGGUAAGCUUGGAACCUAUACCCUGGUCAAUUUCCAAAAUAUCAAAGUGGCAAAGUAAGUACAAGCCGUCUACUGAAAUGCCUUGGGAUGAUCAUGGAGCUAUCAGUAGCCAAAGACCAUAUCUGCAAGAUGAUCAGGAUUAUGACAGACCAGUAUCAAUAACACCACCUAGUCCAUACCAUUACCACAGACCAACACAAUCAUCUGAUAGAUACGACACUAAUAUCUAUGAUCAUAUAGAGAUAUCCCGACCUAGGCCGACCUUUACUACGAUUUCUUCCAGACCUACUGCAUAUUAUGAAAAUAAAGUUCACGUUCAAGCACAUUUACCAUCUUACAAUUGGUAUGGAAGUACUACCAUGCGACCGAAUGGUCAUAAAAGAAAAAAUUGUAAUGAUCAUAAUGAACAAAUAAUUACUGAUGGGCUGCCGUCCAACUUUCCAUCUAACACUUAUGACCACAUAAGAAGAAAAAGCACUGAAAAAGAAAUACAGACUGAAUCUCACCCUUUCAACGGAGAAGGUGAAUGGGUGUUGCUAUCGACCACUAAAGGAUAUAAGCACCCAAGGAACGGACAAAGAUCUUUAUCGUCUGAUCUUAGUAUCAAACCUGUACAUACCUUAAGAACUUCAAAAGGUAUUCAGUUAACAGUUCUGCCGCCUCUUAAAGGUUCUAAUGUUAACAUGACUACGUCACACGGUGGUUUGUUGCAAGUAGAGUCUACUUUCGAAAGUGUAGAGCAAGCCAAGCAAAAAUUUGAUAAAAAACAGCACACUCUAAAAGUCAAAUCUAAGAGGAAACGCAGGAGAACAAAGAAAAAUGGUAAUAGUGUAACACAAAAGGAUAGUCAAAACAGGCAAACAACGCCACACUAUGGAGAUCCUGGAGCAGUAAUGGCGGCAGUAGGAGCUGGAAUGAUUCCUGCUACUAUGGCGAUGAUGAUGCCUAUGGCUCUGAGUGGAGGCUAGUUUAAGAUUUAUCAACUCAAGCAUAUUUAAAUAAGAAUUAUUUAUUUCUUAGUAAUAAUUAAAAGUAAUAAUUUGAUAAA